GUACAAUCUCAGGACUAGGGGUUCGCCAUCUUGUUGUACGGAAUGUAAAAAAAGAAAAAACGGCCAGCUGAGAUAGAGCGCCUGGACCUGGGAGACUCAUUCGCAAGUCAUUUCGGGAAGAAGGAAAAGUCUCUCCCCGGCGUCCGGAUGACGUCACUUCCGAGUGCGGUGUGUCGUUGCUAGGCGGCGGGAGUUUUGAAUCCAUUUGAGGCGAGCCUUCGGUCCACUGCUGAAGUGACUGUAGUGACUUUUUAGUAGGCCCGUCAGGCAAGUAGGCCUCCUUCAUGAAUUCCUCCCCCGUGAGGGACAGAUAGAGUCCCGGCUGGCCAGUCCGGUCGUCUCAGCAGCUUCAGAAGGAGACACAGAACCCAAAGCGAAGUGGUGGUGGGAAUAGUAUACAUUCAUUCGCCACAACAUUUCCGAAAAUAAUUUCCAGGCUUUCCCUGGGUUUGGAGAUCGCUCUACUUUCGCAAUUCUUUAUAAAGAGUGUCGGCGGGUUCUUUGUCUGCUGCCUUUUCUUCAAAUGAGGAACCUGAGUAAGUUGUCCCCCUUCUAGAACCAGAGAAGAAAAUCUUGUGGGAUUAUUAUUAUUUUGGCUUCUUUUUAAGGAAUUGAAAUUAAAAAAUGGGCGAAAUUGCCAUUUCCUUUUCAAAUGGUACAUUAUCUCAUUUGGAAAAGUUGGAGGCUUCUGCCCGCAACGUAACACUGAAACAAGAGAAAAUAAGGGAGCAUGAGGAGAAGAUAUUGAAGAUGAAAAUGAAGAUCCAGGAGUUGAGAAGCCAAAGAGAUGAGUUAAGAACCAAACUAAAAGUUUGUCAAUCACAGUCCACUCCACGCAAAGAUGCUAUGAAAAACAAUUUGCAAGUUUCUAAGGCUACAGCAACAAGCCAACAGGCCAUCUUAGGGUGGAAGAUAGAGAAUGCCAAGGUUCUGCUAGAACUUUUUCAUCUGACAGGCCUAAGUGGAAAAUUGACAGAGCAAGGAGUCUCCUUUUGCAUCAGCACUGCCUUUGAAGGAACUUACCUAGAUUCCUACUACUUAGACAUCCUUAUACAGCAGCCACUCCGGAUUCAACACCAUUCAAUCCCAGUUUUCAUACCACUGGAGCAAAUAGCUCAUGAGCAUUUGCAGAAAGAUAUCAAGCGCUUCCUGUCUGUACUCUCAGAUCAUCUGAAUGCUUAUGCUAGGAGGAAAUUCCAGGUAGACCAAUUACAGGAACGUUUUGCCAUUUUUCUUGAAGGAUGCAUGAAAGGAAAUUCCUUGUACAAUCAGUUGGAAUUUAACUACCGUGUCACAGAAGAUGGAAGUUUUCCGUUUGCAGCAAAGAUCAUAUAUGGAAAUCCCACGAAUGCCCUCCCAACCAAUGUCACUGUUGUAUGUAAAGCAAAAGAUGCACCAGUUUCUGUAGAUGAAAUGGCAGCAGCUCAUUUGGCUUUGUUCUAUGAGAAGCCUCUUCAAGAUGUCUUUAUUUCUAUCACAGCCUCCAUUGAAAAUCUGAAUCAACCUAUUGCAGCCACAUCGUCUUCCUAUUCUAGUGUUCCCUCUGAGUUUGCUGCAUGUUAAAUUCCACUAAGUUUUUUACAGCCCUCUCUAAACGGUUUACAGAGUCAGCCUAUUGCCCCCAACAAUCUGGGUCCUCAUUUUACUGACCUCAGAAGGAUGGAAGGCUGAGUCAACCUUGAACCGGUCAGGAUCGAACUGCUGUCAGUCAGAAGAAUUAGCCUGCAAUACUGCGCUCUGAUCACUGCACCAUCACAGCUCUAAUUUACUUAGAAUGAUUGAAUGUCACCUCCAGAAUAGCUGUCUGAUGCAAAAGCAAUUAGGACUCCAUAUUUAAUACAGGUAGUCCUCGACAUACAAUAGUUCAUUUAGCGACUGUUCGAAGUUACAGCAUCACUGAAAAAAGUGACUUAUGACUGUUUUUCAUACUUACGACCCUUACAGCAUCCCCAGGGCCAUGUGAUCAAAAUUUGGAUGCUUGGCAACUGGUUCAUAUUUAUGACGGUUGCAGUGUCCCUGGAUCAUGUGAUCACCUUUUGGGACCUUCUGACAAGUCAAGUCCACGGGGGAAACCCAGAUUCACAUAAAAACCAUAUUAGUAACAAUCACUGCAAUGAUUCCCUUAACAACUGUGGCAAGAAGGUCUUUAAAUGGGGCAAAAUUCACUGACAAUUGUUUCCCUUAGCAACCAAAAUUUUGAGCUCAACUGUAGUAAGCCGAGGACUUCCUGUGUAGGCUUUGUGUUUAUUAAAUGAGUUCAUUAGAAUAUACAGUAUGUGUAUAUUCAAAGAAAAAUGACAUACAGGUGAUCUCAAAGUACAACCCUUCGUUCAGUCACCAUUUGAAGUCACAAGGGCACUGGAAAAAGUGAUUUGUGACCAGUUUUCACACUUAACGACCAUUGCAGCAUCCCCAUAAUCACGUGAUCAAAAUUCAAGCACGUAGCAACUGCCAUGUAUUUAUGACAUUUGCACUAUUCCAGAAUAAUUUGAUCACCAUUUGUAACCUUCCCGGCCAGUUUCUGACAAGCAAAGUCAACGGACGAUUCACUUAACUGUAGUGAUUGGCUUACCAACUGUGGCCAAAAGAUCGUAAAAUGAGGCAAAACUCACUGAACAACUGCAUUGGUUAGCAAUGGAAAUUUUAGGCUCAGUGUAUGUCCAGGACUAACUAUACAUGUACAGCAAGUAUUA